GUUGUCCAAACUUUCUCUUGUUUUUGGAAUGUGCGCUUCAGCCGCUGUUCACUUAAGUAUUGAAUCAGUUGAAAAAAUCGCGCGCGGGAAGCCGUUUCUCAGUCUUUUCAUUCCGACGACAGUGCGCAAAUGAGGGCAUCAUCUUAGUCUCAGCUUCACCAUCACCUUCAUCCUCGUGAGUAGCCAAUUGUGUCCCGAAUAUUCUUUGUAAGAUGUUGUAUGUGUGCGUGUGAUUGAAGUGUGUUUUGCUGCUAAUGAGGGGAAAACAACCCGCGUGUGCGCGUGUGUUUGUGGGAUGCGCGCGCCUGUGCGUGUGUGUUUUGUUACUGAUGGGAAAAGAACACAUGUCCGCGUGUGCGCGGUGCUUUGGUCCAUCGAGGGCUGCCCCGCUGGUCCACACGCCUCCCCGUGCACGCGCAUGGGUAUAAAUGGCGCUGCAGCGGCGAGCAGAGCAGUGAACAUGAAGUCGGGUGCGGGGCGAAGUCAAGCUCAGAGGGUGUCUCGGACGUGAGGCGCGAAGGGAUCAGGACCGCCGACAUGAGCCGCGGCCUGCAGUUGGCGGGCUGUGACGCGCGGUGAUGGCCGCGCCGCAGGGGCAAAUCGGUAACGCGAGCGCUCCGUGGAACGCGGCGGCGGCGGACGCGUCCGCGGAUGGCUCUGCGGCGCUGCGCGUGCUGGUGUCAGCGCUGUACUCGCUGGUGUGCGCGGCCGGGCUGCUGGGAAACCUGCUGGUGCUCGCUCUCGUCAAGGCGCGCGGUCCCGGCGGGGGGCGGAGGCGCGCCUGCGCCGUCCACGUAUUCAUCCUCAACCUGGCCGCGACGGACCUGGGCUUCGCAUUGACGUUGCCUUUCUGGGCGGCGGACACACUGCUCGACUUCAGCUGGCCCUUCGGCCACGCCAUGUGCAAGGUGGUUCUGAGCGCCACCGUGCUCAACAUGUACGCCAGCGUCUUCUUCCUCACCGCCAUGAGCGUCACGCGUUACCGCUCGGUGGCGCGCGCGCUGCGACCGCGGGGUGGCGGGCGCUGGGGGCGAGGGCGCGCAUGGUCGCCGGGCUGGGCGGCAGGCGCGCUGUGGGCGGGGGCCACCGUGGCCACGGCUCCCGCCGCCAUCUUCUCGACGGUGCGUGACGUAGCAGGGGAGUGCCUUUGCCUGUUGGACUUCCCCGAAGGAGGCGGCUGGCUGGCGCUCUACCACCUGCAGAAAAUCCUGCUGGGUUUCGUGGUGCCCCUGGCGGUGGUGUGCGCGUGCUACCUGCUGCUGCUCAGGCUGCUGCGCGCGCGCGGCGCCGAGCGGCGACGCGCCCGCGUCACCCGCUCCAUCACCAUCGCGGUGCUGUCCUUCUUUCUGUGCUGGAUGCCCAACCAGGCCGUAACUUUGUGGGGCGUCCUGGUCAAGCUGAACCUGCUGCAGUGGGACCGCGCCUACUACGUGGCGCACACGUACGCGCACCCGCUCAGCGUGUGCCUGGCGCACGCCAGCAGCUGCCUCAACCCGCUGCUCUACUGCCUGCUGCGCCGGGAUUUCCGAACCCGGCUCAAGGAGAAGUUCCGGAAAGUGCGGCGGCUCGCCGCGGUGCCCAGGCGCGCUCCCGCAUCGCCUCAUCACGUGCACGCCGGUGGCAUUCCACUCAGCGACUUCAUGGACUGCAGCGAAAACCUCGGACGCUCUCGACACGCCGAACUCUGCGCCCCGGUUGAGUGAGCUCAUCGUGGAAUCAUAGGUCUGACUUUGGAGUGCGUUCUGACGCUCGGCCAAUAGAUGGCGGCACCAAAUUAGAAACUACGUCUGGCCCGAUGUCAAUUCAGCUGCUUCAAGCAGGGUGACAAGCAGGUCCCGUCCACUGCUAGUGCCUUCAAAACUCUGUCUUUUUAUGGUAUUUUUUAAAUUGCAUUUUUAACAACUGUUCACAAAUAAACAAAGUUAUUUGUAAUAAAAAAAGAGCGCGAAGCCGAUGAGAAUUUUAAACAAAAAGGUUCAAAACAGAUGGUGGUGUUGGCGCUUUUGAUUUCGAAUCCGGAGAGGAAGUAAAACGUAAUCCACCAGAAGUGCGUGCGUGCUAAUGCAUGGAAAAUGUACUCUUGCUAGACCGUUCCAGUCGCCAGCCGGCCUGACGGACGUAUUUUCACGUCGGACUUGACUUCCGGCUUGUUGCUACCUAACCAGCGUGAAGUGAAAGUGCUGCCUGGACUUGUUGUUAACUCCAUUUGACACGUUUGCUACUUUUUAAUAUAGCUCAACAAUAGGCGUGUGUGACUCGUCGAACGACAAGAAAGGACUUGCUGCUUUUCAUU